AUGCCGAAAAAAUUCAAAGGAGAAAAUACAAAAGUGUCCGCUGCAAAAGAACGUAAAGCAGCCCACAAAGCCGAAAUAAACUCCAAGAUUCAAGCGGAAAAAGAGCGUAAAGAAGCAGAAGAAUGGGCAAAGGGAGCUAAGGACUCUUCAAAAAGGGAAGCCGAGCGACUAAAAAAGGAAGCACAACUGGCGAAAAAACGAGAGGCUGCUGCUCUUUUAGAAAAAGAAGAGAAAGAAGCCUCGAAAUAUAAACCAAUAUUGAAACCUUCAAAAGUGUCAGGAGAAGAGAAAAAGGCAAUAAAGAGAACUCAAAAAGUAGAAGAAGCGAUAACAGAACGACGUGUUAUCCCUGAAUAUUCUGCUUCUAAUAUUGACGAUGCUAUAGAUUUGCUUAAUGUUGUGGCUGCUGAGGAUACUGUAGCACGUGGAUCUGGUGGGGGAGCGAACAUUCUACCAUUGACUACUGCAGCUAUUGAUAGACACCCUGAACGCAGAUUUAAGGCUGCUUUGGCUGCUUACGAAGAGAGAGAAAUGCCAAAGUUGAAAAAAGAAAAUCCUGGAUUACGAUAUACACAAUUACGAGACAUUCUUUAUAAAGAUUUUCAGAAAUCCCCUGAGAACCCUUUCAAUCAAGCAAAUGUUCUACACUUUAAUGCUACUAAAAAGGAACAAGAAGAAUUGGUCGAGGCAACUAGAAAAGAGGUUGAGGAUCGUCUCAGAUUAACAGCAUGGAUAAAAGAAAAGCUGCGCAAUCAAGUUAAAAAUUGCAGUGGGCUUGGGAUGAAAGAAGUACCGGAUAAAAGUAUUCUGAUUUUGGACUUUACAAGUCUGUCAUUGAAUCCACUUUCUUUAUAUUUUGAAUCUAUUUUGAAUCUCGAAUAUCAAUUAGAUUUAUGA